AUGACCGUCCGAGCCAGUUUAUCGUUAUUGGAACUGGCUAUUGAUAACCAUGGAUUGGAAGAGAUAGCUAUCUCCUACAACGGAGGUAAGGAUUGUCUUGUGAUGCUAAUAUUAUUAAUGGCUACCAUACAUCGGAAGUUCUGUACUAAUCAGUCGCCAACAGCAGCUACAGCGGAUUUACCUGUCGAUUAUAAAUUAGAUUCCAUAUUCGUCAACUCCGAAGAACCAUUCCCUCAAUUGCUUGAGUUUAUCAAAAGCUCUACUCACUACUACCACUUAAAUCCCAUCAUCAUCCAGCUGUCAUUAAAGGAGGGCUUCGAAGAGUAUUUACACAGUACCAAUAAUAAAAUAAAGGCCAUAGUGGUGGGAAUACGGUAUGCUGAUCCUUAUGGUUCAAGCUUAAGUCCGGAACAAAUGACAGACCAUGAUUGGCCCAGUUUCCUUAGAAUCCAUCCAAUCUUACCGUGGAAUUAUAUCGAUAUCUGGGACUUCCUAGUGGGGUGUAACUUGGACUACUGUGAAAUGUAUGAUCAAGGGUACACUAGCUUAGGAGGGAUCCACACUACGAUCCCCAACCCUUAUCUUAAGUUGAAGGAAGAAGGUGAUGAUGUUCAUUAUGCUCCCGCCUAUAUGCUUAUAGAAAAUGCCGAUGAACGAGAACGUGUUGGACGUAUUAAACGGUAG